UUGAUAAUCCCGAAUUUCGUUCACAUUUGUUUUAGUUUUUGUUUAUUUUAUUUUUUCAUUCGUUUUCAACCGGACAAUAAACAUUUCGAAGAAAACUAUAACUAAUUCAAACUCAGGAGUUUCGGUCAGAUGCAUUAUUUCUUUUCCAUGACAAUGACCAUAUUUUGAUGGAGAUCAAAAAAAAAAUGUUACUCCUGUGUGGCGGUACCGUAGACCCAAACAAACAGAUCUCCGAUUAAAACAGAAACCAAAACAGAAAUCGGCGACUCUUUCAAGUGUCAAAUUUGCUUUAUUUUAUGGUUUUUUAAAUGAGUUUUAAACGAAACCGAAGUAAAGAUAUGAUUUCCAACAUGCCAACCAGAGUUGAGCCGCCAUCCGAUUUAUUUUUUUUUUAACUUUCGUCGUGGUCAUCGGUAAAUGGAAAAAUGACGGGAAGCGUAUCUGAUCUGCUUAUCAAACAAUUUACUUACGAUGUAGAUCAUUAUCAGAAAAUUGAAAUUGAAUUUUACGUGACUGACUGACUGGCUAUUUUUCACUCUUCGCUUCCUUUGUUGGUUUGAUUGUGCUGCUGCUGGCUCUUGGUGAUCGCGCGGCGGCAAUUUCUUGUGGCUCCAAUUCACUUCAGGAAAGUCUUUAGUGCGUGUGUACGUUGUGCGAUCCACAGGAAGAAAAACGGAUGACAUCCGCGUAAACGAAAGAGAACGAAAGCAAAUUUGAAAGCAAAAAAAAAGAACGGAACGGAAAGAAAACAAUGAAAUAAAAUAGAACGGAAAAGAAAAUCGAAGGAAAACCGAAUCAAAAACAAAACAAAACAAAAAAAAACAGAGAGGAAAAUUGAAAAUCAACAGUUGAUUCUUAGCCGUGCGCGAUACGAUACGAUACAAAUACACAGACAUCUCGAAAGUGAGGGAGAGAGAAAGAGAAAGAGCCGAACCGAGCCGGUCGGUAUUGUGACAUACAAAAUUAUACAACACAUAAUUUACCAUGAUUGGUUCGAAAAGAAAUAAUCACGUUCCACCGCUGAUGACAUUCACUUUGCUAAUAGCCGUUUGCAUGGGAUUCGCAUAUGCCAGUUGGUGGGACUUGGGAUUGCAUGCAUUGCAGAAUGUGGGAUUGUUUGACCCGAACGCACUUAUGCAUCACAACCAUGAAGAUAUUUGUAAGAAUGCGUUGCAUUUAUCGAAUGAGCAGCGUCGAAUGUGUGCUCGCAGUCCACGUGUAUUUAGUGCAAUUGUACAAGGUGCCAAAAUGGGUCAAGAAGAAUGUCAGCAUCAAUUUCGCAACAGUCGCUGGAAUUGCACAACAUCACAACCAUCGUCUGACCUUCAAGACAUCUACGGCGAUGUAAUGCGCAUCAAAAGCCGUGAAACCGCUUAUAUACAUGCAAUCAAUGCAGCAUCGUUGGCAUGGUCCAUUACACGUGCUUGUUCCCGCGGCGAUUUAACCGAAUGCUCAUGCGAUAAUACGAUUCGACGAAAGCAACGCAAAUGGCAAUGGGGUGGCUGCUCAGAGGAUAUCAAUUAUGGCGUAUUAUUUUCGAGGAAAUUCAUUGAUUCACAGGAGAGUAACGAAACCGCCGCCGGUUUGAUGAAUUUGCACAACAAUGAGGCUGGUCGUAGGGCACUGAGAUCACGAAUGCAACGCGUUUGCAAAUGCCACGGUGUAUCUGGUUCAUGUUCGAUUCGUGUGUGCUGGAGACGUUUGCCAGCUUUACGUGCUAUCGGUGAAGCACUGGGUCAAUUGUACGAUGGAGCAUCGCAUGUGAAGUUGAUCGAACGUGAUGGUCGCGUAUCGAAAUUGCGUCGACGUGAUCCGCAAUACAAAAAGCUAAUCAAAUCAGACCUAGUUUACUUAGAAGACUCACCAGAUUACUGCGAUCGUGACGAUGAAUUGGGUAUAUUGGGUACAAAGGGCCGAUUGUGCAAUCGAACAUCGCCCGGAAUCGAUGGUUGUAAAAUCAUGUGCUGCGGUCGAGGCCAUCAAACCCGAAUACGGUUCGUCGAAGAGAAAUGCAAAUGCCGUUUUGUCUGGUGUUGUGAUGUCAAAUGCGAAAUGUGCAAUCACCGAAGGGAAGAGCACAUCUGCAACUAAGCACAUUAGAAAUAGGAAAGCCAGUACAGUGCUAUUGCCCCAGCCCCGAAUCAUUCAUAGAAUAUACACACACGCACAUCGAACAAAGAAGAAAAAAAGAAAUCAAACAAAGAAUAACCACAUAAACCCGAUUCUUCUUUUUUUUUGUAUUUGGAACAUAACAAAUAAGUAAACAAGUCCAGUCCAGAUGAGUAAUGUGAAGCAGAUAGAUGUAGUAUGGGUGUGUGCGUGUGUUCGAAAGCACAUUUUAAUAUUUAUUCAUAGCCAUUUUUACCGCCAACGAUUUGCCCCCCGUCGAAUAGAAAACCCUUUACUGAAUAGAAUUUAGCGAUAAGUGUAGCCAGUGACAAGAGUAGACCGUAACAAUAACAACAAAAACGAGUAUUAAAAAUUAUCCGUACAUAUUGUAAGCUCAAAGUCUUAAACUUAUUUAUAGAAAAAAACACGAACACACAUUUUUUUUUCACCUAAAAACAAAGAACAACAAGUAAACAUUUGCUGCCAACGAAUAUUAAUAUGAUUGCAGCAAAUCAACCGUGGGUAUUUAUUGAUAAAUUCUUUUAGCUCUUUAUUUUGUAUUUAUUUAUUUACAAUCUUGUUCAGCUUCAACGAUGAUCAAAUAGGUAUAAUCAGUCAUUCUAACGAAAUUCAUCGACUGAUUAUAUUUUUUUGUUGUUUUUCAUUCAUUUUUUGCUUUGUUUCAUUCACUAUUUCAUUAAAUUAAUACAACAACUUUGUGUUUAUUCAUAUUCAAUAAUUCUUACAUUUUAGUGUUGUCUCAUAAACCAAAACGAACACGAAAAUUUUCCUAUGGAAAAUUUUGUAAUUUAUAAAUUUUAAUUUCGUUACAAUUUUUUUUUCUAGAUCGAUAACAUUUAUGUUUAAUUUAAUUUAAUUAAAUUGAUAAAAAAAAAGAAGAAAAAAAUAUAAAAUGUGUAUAAAUGUAUGGUUAAACAAAAUCAAUGAACACAAUUCUUACAUUGUAAUUGACAGCUUGACGUAAGGAAUAAAAAAUAAGAAACAGAUAGCGGUGAUACGGUAAUAAUUUUCGUUUAAGAUCACUUCGAUUGGAUGUGGGAAAUUUUUACAAUUUUAAAAUUAAUCAAUUAUGAUUUAUUAAUGAUCAAUUAUUGAUUUAAAAGAACUUUCGUUUUUACAAACAAUUGCAGAACAAACCUAAAAAACAAAUACAUUUUUCGAUUAACGGGCAUUUUUUUCAGAAUAUUUCAAAUUUGAGACAAUCCAAGAACAGAAAUGUCUUCAACAUUCAACGAAAAAAAAAAAUUGAGCUCAAAUAAUCGCUGUUUCAUUUAUUUCGAAUUAAAGGCCAAAAUUUCUCUUAAUUUCUAUUUUUUGUUCACAGUAGUCAUGAAUUGUUAAUAUAGUAAAAUGUAAGACAGGAAAAAAAACAU